UCACUUACGGCGUAACGAAGUUCCACAAGUACCUCCUAGGACGCCGAUUCACUCUUCUGACGGACCACAAGCCACUGUUAUCCAUCUUUGGUUUGAAGAAGGGUAUACCAUUGCACACCGCAAAUCGCCUUCAACGGUGGGCGUUAAUGCUCCUCAACUACGAUUUCGACAUCCGCCACGUGUCCACCAACGACUUCGGGUGUGCCGACAUGCUGUCCAGGUUGAUCGACCGUUCCAAGCAACCCGAGGAGGACUACGUCGUAGCAGCGAUUUCCCUGGAAGAAGAUUUGGUAAGCAUUAUCCACGACACUAUCGACCAGGUACCAGUCUCUUUCAAAGCCAUUCAGGAAGAGACGAAGGCAGAUGAAGCUCUACAAACGGUGUUGAAGUUCAUCCGUGACGGUUGGCCAAACGAUGCACGGUCAAUCACAAACCCCGAUGUUCGUCCGUACUUCAACAGGCGGGAAUCCCUCACCCACGUCGACGGGUGUAUAUUGUUCCACGACAGGGUUGUUGUUCCAAACAAAUUCCGAAGGCAAGUUCUGAAGCAAUUUCAUCGUGGACAUCCCGGCAUGGUACGCAUGAAGUCGAUUGCCCGCAGUUUCGUCUACUGGCCGGGGAUCGGCAACGACAUCGAGGAUUACGUUCGGCGGUGCACUCCAUGCUGCACUGCUGGAAAGGCACCAAUCAAAACAACGCUUGAAUCAUGGCCCAUUCCAGACAAGCCGUGGUCCCGCAUCCAUGUGGAUUACGCCGGACCUGUGGAUGGUGUAUUUUUCCUGGUGGUGGUGGAUUCGUACACCAAAUGGCCUGAAGUGUACGCAACGAAAACCACUACGACGAAGACAACAACGAAGCUACUCUCUCAAUCGUUCGCAACGUUCGGAGUACCGGAAACCAUAGUAUCCGACAAUGGUACUCAGUUCACCAGUCACGAAUUCAAGACGUUCUGUGAACAGCAUGGCAUCCGCCACGUCCGCACUGCACCAUUCCAUCCACAAUCCAAUGGGCUAGCAGAAAGGUUCGUGGACACGCUGAAGCGGACUCUUCGGAAAAUUCGAUCGGGAGGAAACACACUGCAGGAAGCGCUGCAGACAUUUUUGCAAGUUUACCGGUCAACUCCAACGGCCGACCUCGGUGAAAAGUCUCCUGCAGAGGUGAUGUUCGGACGACCGAUUCGUACAGUUUCGACGUUGUUACUACCGCCCAAGCAUUCCGCACCAGAACUACAACCGAAGGCCAGGAAGCAGAACGAGCGUUUCAACAAGAAGCACGGAGCAGUUUCGAGGAAGUUUGCUCCCGGCGAUCCCGUAUAUGCUCAAGUCCAUCAAGCGAAUUCCUGGCAGUGGCAAGCCGCCACGGUCAUCGAGCGUAUCGGCAGUGUAACAUACAACGUUUUCCUGGAGGAUCGUCAGAGGCUCAUCCGCUCGCACACAAACCAGCUCAAGCACCGUGCGGUUGACUCUGCUCCAGAUCCUGUUCCGAGUCAAAGUUCAAGCCCACUAUCGAUAUUCUUCGACGGCUUUGGAUUAGAUGUGGCGUCUCAAGCAGUUCCGAAUCCGGCACCCGCCGAACUGGAUCAGCGCAACCUGGAAAUAGGAACAGACGAGUCAGAAUAUUUUUCCGAAGAUGACGAUGAAGAACCGCCUCAACCAGAUCCAGUACCAAUCCCGGUUCCGGCAAGGGAGCGGCGGCAGACCCGUUUACCAGCAAGAUUCGAGCCCUACUGGAUGACUUAAGGGGGGAGAUGUUCGAUCCUAGC